UCAUGGCUUUGUCUGGUCUGUGAAGGUUUGGUUUCUCGUCUCGGGGAAGGGAGCCGGACCGUAGCCAGGGCAGGACUUUGAAGAUCUUGGGUGUUGGUUUGGGUUUGGGUUAUUGGUGAGUGGGCAGCAAUAGUUUUGGUUGCUUUGACUUGGGUGGAAAGAUUGAGUUCUGUUCUGCUCGAGCACUUUCUCGAUAGGGUUAUGAUGCCCGAGACACUCAUUCAAGUUAUCGAGAUCUCUGGGUACGAAAUAAACCAGGAACAAGAACGCGCGAGCGAGCCCAAGGAACUGGAUCCUCGAGCAUCAAACCCAAUAUCUCCGACGCAGUUACUUAACAUCCACUUUGGUAUCUCAUUCCUUCCUAAUGCAGCGAUACACUCUCUCGCUCACCCUCAGACCCUCCACAUCUCCGACACCCCAGACAACGGUCCGCCUCGCGGGAUCCCCUCCCGAAAUGAAGAAGAACCUCUUGCCCUUAUCACCUUGCAAGCAAGCUUGCAAUCAACGGCGACGACCCUUCCCCUGCUUACCACGUUACAGAGGACCAAACUCUUCUCAAAUCAGAAAAUAAAAUCAUCAACCCCUGCUGAGAGGGCAUAACGCACGCGGAGAGCCGACGCAGGGUCCAACCCACUGGGAAAUGAUGGAGAUAUCCUAAACAGGGAAAUCGGAAGAGGACGAGCCCCUGCUCAACGAGCGCAAAGGUACCGCGGAACCUGAGCUUGCGACCCGUGAUUCCUCUUUCUUCUCUCUCUGUCGUCACCGAACAGUGAAAAUCCUCAUUUACCAAAGAC